GUGCACGUUUGUUUGUCCAAUAGCUCCUCCCCUCCCUUUCUACUUCCGGUUGGGGGAGGGCGGGGCUUCUGGUCGAGAAGGGGAGGAAGCUGGAGCCCGCCGGGGAUGGUUCUGGCCGCGGCUUCUGCUGUGGGGCCCGCGACUUGACGGCGUCGCCAGAUUGAAGAUAGCAGUAAUGCUAACAUUGGCAAGCAAACUAAAACGGGAUGAUGGUGUCAAGGGACCUCGUACAUCCAACCCAACCUCUGAUUCUACCCGAAGAGUGUCUGUUAGAGAUAAAUUGCUUGUCAAAGAAGUUGCAGAACUUGAAGCAAAUUUACCUUGUACGUGUGAACUGAAAUUUCCCGACCCAAAUAAGCUCCAUUACUUUCUCCUAACUGUAAAUCCAGAUGAAGGUUAUUAUCAAAAUGGAACAUUUCAGUUUGAAAUUGAGGUUCCAGAUGCCUAUAAUAUGGUGCCUCCAAAAGUGAAAUGUUUGACUAGAAUUUGGCAUCCAAACAUCACUGAAACAGGGGAAAUCUGUUUAAGCCUGUUGAGAGAACAUUCAAUUGAUGGGACUGGCUGGGCUCCAACUAGAACCUUAAAGGAUGUUGUUUGGGGAUUAAAUUCUUUAUUUACUGAUCUCCUGAAUUUUGAUGAUCCUUUGAAUAUUGAAGCUGCAGAACAUCAUUUACGGGACAAGGAAGACUUCCGAACUAAGGUUGACGAUUACAUUAAGCGUUAUGCGAGAUGAUGAAGGGAGCUGGAUGACAAGAGCUAUGGAUUGUAUAUGCAGCGUUGACUUGAGACGCAACAAACAAAAACACCCUGGAAUGUACUCGUCCUGUGUCCAUGUUGUUCUGAAGAAGAUAAACAAGCUUCAUAAUCGUCCAUGUGAAAUGGAGAGUUCACUGUCAAUCCAGCAAGAUAAUUGUGUAUCUUGGUUGAAAAAAAAUUGUUUCCUUAACUGCUAACGAUAUUUUAUUUUCUGAAUUUGUACUGUAUAUCCAGAGUUGAGACUUAUGCUUGAGACUUAAAAAAACAAAUCACUAUUAAGAUUAUUAACACUUUUUUUAAAAAAAAGUAAUGAGUGGUAAAAACGAACAGUGUGUUUACCUGAACUCUUAAAAAUUGGCAAUAAACGUGUGUUUUGUUUGAGAACUAAGGCACUGAAACGUUUGCCUUUUCCCAAACUGAAAUAAGAACAUGCCCUGCACUGAGCAAAGGAAAUUGCAUUAAGCCAGUUAUACCUGCAUAUGAAGUUCUUCUAUUUAAUUUAAUCCUCUGCUUUUUGUUCAUCUUUUUGCCUACAGUGUUUUUAGUUUGCAUUGAUUGUGCAAAGCACUUACUGAAACAAAGGCUGUUUCUGUAGCCUACUUACAAGCGGUGUAUUGCUUUUGUUUAAAAAAACCCCACACACUUUUAAAUGCAAGUGCAAAGAAAGGGAAUGUCAUUUAUAAAUAAUGCCUCUUCGACGUUUCAAUUCUGCUGUGGGAGUUGACAUUAGAGACUGUUACGUCAUAAAGUAAACCUGAAGUUUCAAGGAGUAACUUGGGGAAACGACCUGGAGCUCUAGGGGCAGAUUUAAUGCACACUACAAUCUUGUUGUGAUGCUCUUGGAAGCCAAACCUCCUGUGGCAAAGGUAAAGUGUAUUAAGAGUGGUUUUAAAGCCUACUUGGCUAGUUGUUUCUUUAUCAAAUAAUGUAUAUAUGAAACUGCAAAUUUCAUGUUCUGGGUUUGGGGGGGGGGGGCAUAUGUACCUCAGGAAUGCGUUCGAAGCAAAUGCCGCAACGUGUGCUUACUAUUUUAGCUUAGUUCUUCCUGACAUACAUUGAUCAAAACAGAGGCCCAGUAUUGCUACUGUAAUUGACUAGGGAUUCAGUGACGAGAGAGAGAGAGAGAGCCAUACUCAAAUUAACUUUAUUUAGAAUUAAUGCAGCAAAUAUGACAUGUUUGGAUUACAAUGAUGAAUUACCACCAAAGGCGAAGGUGAAUAAAUGUUUGUAUAGUUUCAUACAUACGGUGUGCAUUACAUUUCUGCCUUACCUCCUCCAUGGAAAAAAAAAUUAAUUCAUCUGGUGCUUCUGUCGUUUGUUAUUAUGGCACCCUUUUAGGUUUUCACAAUGAAAGCCCUGGCAUUUCACUACAAUGUUGCAAAGUGUUACCUGUGCAACACCAUCAGUUGCCUGGUGUCUAUGCAAUCCUGCCAAAGUUAGGCACCUUUUCAAGAUUGAAACAGGUGCUUGAUCAUCCCAUUGUCGCCCACAAUACAUAAAACUGUUAAACGUAUGCUAGAUUGCAUCUAACAUAUCAUACAUGAAGUUUGCUCAUUGCUUCUCAGAAAAAAUGACGUCUCUGGGUAUUGCUUUUAGCUAGCAGAGUUGUGUUUUGGGAGAUUACUCACAGUUCUUUUUCUAGGACUCCCAAUUCAAGGGUCUUCCAAACGUAUUAGACCUGCAACUUCUAGCAUUCCUCAACAUUGUCUACCAUGGCGAGGGCUGCUGGGAAUUGCAGUUUAGUAACAUCUGGAGGGUAACAAAAUUCUAUGCUGGCUUCCCAACACAUUCUAAAGUAGGGCUAUGCAAAAUGGCAGAAAUCCACUUUGUUUUCAUUCUGUUUUCAUUUCAAAUUUCGAGUCAUCCCCCACCCCUGGUUCUGUUUUUGGAAAAAUUCUUACGGAAACAGAACUCCAGAUCAUGAAUGCCUAAUCUCUUGGAAUCUUCCCGAAAACAGAACGUGGGUACCCGAAAUUUGAAACGAAAAUAGAACAGAACGAUUUCUGCUGUUUCGUGCCCCCCAUAAGUUUUCCCAGUCUCAGUUUUCAUGAAAAGCAUUCUCCACCAAAAAAAAAAAAAUCCGAAACAGAAGUAAGAGCCACUGCACAUUCAUCUAUGUGAUCAGUAAAUGUGAAUUUAGUAUGACAGAGUGCUUUCCCACGUUGAAAAUGUAUAAUGUGGCGAUACAUUUCUUUUAAAGUUCUGAUUAAAGUUAUUCAUAGUUUUGCCA